CUGUAGUAGACAAAGAACAAACUAGCUCCUUGCCAUAAAUCUCAUGCCUACAGGAUGCUUCUGGAGGACAGAUCAAUUGUGCCUUAGUGCCUUACAGAGGGAAGAAAAUCCCCCCCGCCUCUGAGAUGAACUAGAACUGCGCUGCCUUUUUUUUUUUUUUUUUUUUUUUUGGUAUCUGGAUUUAGAAAACUACAAUGAAGAUUCUGGUUUUCACUGGACUGCUCUCUCUAACAUCAACUCUUACAACAGAGUCUUCGCUGAAUGAUUCUGCAAUUAAAACUGUGUCUCUUAUCAAGACUUUCCGUGGAAUUUCACAAAGAGACUAUGAUUACAUCCCACCUCAUGUUAUAGAAGGGGAGACAAAGACAAUCCAUACCAAGGAAAACAAAAGCUCUGUGAAGAAGUACAAUGACUCCACUUUAACAGAAGUGAACAACACCACGUUGGAAUACCUGACUAGUUCUCUGAGCACCAAGCUAAUACCCACUGUCUACCUCAGCGCUGUUUUACUGGGUGUACCAUCUAACGCUAUCAUCUUGUGGAUGCUGCUCUUCAGGAUCCGGUCUGUGUGCACUGCCAUACUCUACACAAACUUGGCUGUUUCGGAUCUGCUCUUCUGCAUCAUGCUGCCAUUCAAAAUAGCAUACCAUAUCAACAAGAACAACUGGAUUUUCGGAGAAAUUAUGUGUCGAACUACAACAGUGGUAUUUUAUGGCAACAUGUACUGCUCCAUUCUGCUGCUCACAUGCAUCAGUGUCAGUCGCUACGUGGCCAUCGUUCACCCUUUCACCUACAAGAGCCUGCCAAAACGCACCUAUGCCAUUGCUGUCUGUGCCACUGUGUGGACCAUCGUCUUUUUAUACAUGCUCCCACUCUGCAUAAUGCAGCAAAGCUAUUAUGUGAAGCAACUGGGCAUUUACACCUGCCAUGAUGUGCAUAGCACCUGUGAAAGCAUAUCUUCUUUCCAGUUCUACUACUAUGUUUCUUUAGCUAUCUUUGGAUUCUUAAUGCCUCUUGCAAUCAUCAUUUUCUGCUAUGUUUCAAUUAUACGAACACUCAAGACUCACGAGUGGUUCUGGUAUGUGAAAGUCAGUCUUUUGAUCCUUACCAUCUUUGCUAUUUGCUUUGUACCAAGCAAUAUUAUUCUUAUUAUUCAUCAUAUCAACUAUUACUACUACAACACAGAUAAUUUGUAUUCUUUUUAUCUAAUAGCUUUAUGCCUUAGCAGCUUAAACAGCUGUCUUGAUCCUUUCCUUUAUUUUCUAAUGUCAAAAAUACGAAGUCAAUCCAAUAUAUAUCUAACAAUGGUUAAAAUAUCCAGAGAAACAUGAACUUUAUUCUAUAUUUAUAUUAUCGGAAUUAUGACUUUAUGUAGUACUAACCCAGGUAGCAAUAAACCCCAAAUUUGAUAAUUAAAUCUAAAAAAAUUCUAAGGUUGUUAAAUCAUGAUCUCAGUGAAAUUUACUUCUCCCAAACACCACACAUGAAGCAUCCUCAAAUAUACUUCUCCAGCUUGAUAAUUUUGUUGUGUGUGGCAUGAUGUCUGGUGAAUCUACUGAGAUUCAGGGAAGCAGCUGAGAACUUCCUUCUGAGAAGAUCAAAUUCAUGGCCACAGAGAAAACACUAUAAUAUUAGUCACCACAGAUUCUGAAUAAGAGAGGAAUCCAUAACUGAACAGCACUUUUAAAGCCCAUUCCUAACUUGGAACACUUUAUAUGUUCUUUGUGCCCACAAUCACUGCAGGAUUAAUGUGAAUAUGAGGUUUUGAUACAGUGGGAAUGGGAAUGAGCAAAAGCACUAGGUGUUCAUGGGCUACAGAGCAAUGGAGAAACAUUAUGGCACACAGCCAAGAGCAAAUUCUGCUCUGGAUAUUAGAAAUAAAGAGUUGCAGUCCCAUUAGGUUGGAAGUACAUCUACAUCUGCAGCCUUAAAAGCAGAACUUGACAUGCUUCCAAGGAAGCAUCUCCUUUGAGGCUGCUUAACCAGCUUUACUCUGGAGACUUGUUCUUCCACUGUGUCAGCACCUGCACUCCUACAACCCACAAGGACUGCUGGAAGCUAAGCCUUAUCACUGUGAAUCCAGACAUGCUUUCUUCUUGCUUGGUAAGCAAAACAGGAAAGCUAUUUUGUAGCAUCCUCUAUAUUUCCACAUCCUCACAGGAAAUAAUUAGUGUUACAAGAACUGAAGCAAGAUGUGAUUAAUUGUCCAUGUUAGGAAAGUAAAUGGUUAUCUUCACAUUUAUAUUAGCUCAAGACCUACAGAUGCAGAGUAUAAGAUCUUACAAAUAAGCUCAGUGAUUAAUGGACAUUUGUAACUAACUGUGUGAAACAAAUACAAAGCACUUGAUAAUAGUAUUAUGAGAAACUUAAAAAUAAAGUCACUUGCAUUGGAAAAUGGGAAGUGCCUCCAAGUAAUCUGCAGUCUGGUGAGGCUCUACCUGUUCAAUUUCUUCUGACUCCUAAUUUAUUUUAAAUUGUGUCAUUCCCUCAACAUGCACAAGAACACCAUUUAACUAUAGCUUUUAAAUAAUCCAGAUGUUAACCACUUAUUGCAAACAACAAAAAUCCAGCUUAAUUGUAAAGCCCGUGUGUCUACCACACAACGCAGGAAGCACAUCAAAGUAUGGCACAGUUGUUCAACAUUUCAGGCACCCAGAACACUUCCUAAACACAGGGUUUCUUUUCAAUGAGACUUGAACACACUUGAUUUGAAAUGGCUAUGAGAACUGUUAGAAGCAAUCGUACAAAGUUAUAGGAAUAAAUGAAUUCCAUGUUUGUAUUUUCUGAUGAUGAUCAAGAAGGUAUCAUCUAACUGCUAUAGGAACUAGAUUCUGCACAGAUGAGGCCACUUCAGCCAGGGGUACGUGACAAACGCAUGGUCAGAACAGGCCAGCAGUUUCGAUCCAUCUGUUUUCCAGACACUGGAAUACAGGAAGUUCACAGUCAACUCUAUCUGACUAUUAUAAAUCAAGUACUCCCUUAUGCCACGGCUCACUCUUAAAACAUGUUAAACACAGUUAAAGACCAAUCUGCAUUAUAAACAGGGAUAAAAAAAGUAAAGGGCUGAUAAAGACUGGAGUUUAUUGCACAGCCUUUGCAAUUCUGUUUUGAUUAUUUUUGAAGUUCAGUCUAAAUCGUAUCUUAAGGAAAGUGAUAUCCAUAUUCCUAUUCAGAAGUUAGAGAAAUAACUUCAAUUAAUGUGUCUGAAUAUUUAUUUUAGGAACAUACACAGUACAGAGCCUUACUCUCUCCCUAAACAGAGUUGUUUGGUUUAUUUAAAAUAAAUUGCUGCAUAUAAAAACUGAUGUUUUAAGUAUUUGUCAAAGGACUAUAAAGAAAACAACCAGCACACAUCAAGGGAGGAGAGUUUUCAGCAUCAGAUGAUCAGUGAAACCUGACGUUAUAAGAGAACCCAAGCAAGACUGCAACACCCAGUUCAAGAGCUCUGCCAGUGGAUGACAGAAACACAAAUUUUCAUAGCAGGUACUGCAGGUAAGGUGGCAAAAUAGCUGGGAGGUGUUUCUACAAGCCAUUGUGCAUGGAUUUUUUCCAGCUGAUGUUAGGAAUGUAUUACGUGAAUUUUAGGCAUCUUCUUGAAACACCGGGAAUAUUUUAUGGGCUGGACUAUGAGCUUUAGCUAAUGAUCCCUUCAGUCAAAUCCUGCAAAUUGUUAGGCUGAUCUGUGUUUAUACUUCCCUAAGCUGUGAUGACAACCAGGGCACUGCUUUUGAGGAAGUGGAUACCAGCAUCCUGCUGAGAUCGGCUGAAGCUGAAGGCAUGUACAAGAUGGCAGGCAUGUCGUUGCACAACAAGGGCAGAAGAGAAACACCACUACUACAGACUGUCAGAUUUCAGCAACUGAGGUUCCUCAGCAAAACAGCUCCCAGAGAACAUAUUCUCCUCAGCAUGACUGAGUACUUUUCAAGCAGAAACCUCAAUUCCCAUCUAUAUUAUAACUACCUGCCUAAUUAUCUCUAGUAACUAGAUCCUUUCACAAAUACAUAACAGUUACAGAAUGAACCUUACUGUUAAUUAAUUGAUAAUUAAUGUCCUGUGACUCUCAGAAUAAACUCUAGAAGAAAAGUGCUCA